CUGGAUUACGAAGCGAGGAAGGUUCUUUCACUUCCUUGGAACAUCUUUUCGUUGUUGUAUCGAAGCCACGUGAUACCAUCAUGGAUAAACCAGUUGUUUUGGCUCGUGUUAUAAAGGUUUUAGGCCGAACUGGCUCGCAAGGACAAUGUACGCAAGUUAAGGUCGAGUUCCUCGGUGAACAAAAUCGACAAAUUAUCCGGAAUGUAAAAGGACCGGUACGAGAAGGUGAUCUCCUAACCUUACUGGAAUCGGAACGUGAGGCAAGAAGACUUCGGUAAAAGGAUUGAUUUCCGAUAGAUUAAAAACUGUCAGCGGCAACUGAACUCUGACAACACAAUCCAUUCCAUCGAUUAAAAUGGGGAUCACGCAACUGUUCCAAUAAUACAAGUACAUUCGAACCAAAACAUUUUAUGUCAAUGAAGAUGUUUGCGACUUCUGUAAUAAACACUGGCUAAUAUUUU